AGAGCCAGUGGUGAAGAAGUUCUUUAUACAUUGCCUUGUUGGGAUGGAUGGAUAAGUACAUUUUUUCCGUAUAAUAAAGAUGGAUUCGAAAUGCCUAGCUCAAUUAAUCCUUUCGAAAUUCCUUCUGGAUUGGUGAAUGUUCCAAUGUCAUUAAGCAUUUUGGAUAAUACUUUUAAAUUAAACGUUGCUGCAGGUUUUAUGGGUGCUAGGCAAGACAAAGUCGACGACGAAUAUAUCGUUUCACCAGUUAUUG